AAUACAUAAAUAAAGAUUACAACAAUCGCCGUAGCUGUAGCGGGAGUAGCAGACAGCUGUCACACAUUUUCUACUCCUACCUGGCAGGUUCUGUGUAUUUAUGAGGAGCGGCAAAGAAUGAUGCACAAGAUUAUAAAGUAUGGUUUGCACAGAGCCCCUCAUGGCAUGGCCCGUUCGUCGAGCUGGGCAGCGACGCAGACUAUCUUACAAAAAGAACUGGAAUCAAUCAAGGAAGCAGGAACUUACAAGUCUGAGCGCAUCAUCACCACUAUGCAAGGUUCUGCCAUCAACGUUGAGGGACGCACGCAGAAAGUGCUCAAUUUCUGCGCCAACAACUAUUUGGGCUUGUCUAGCCAUCCUGCUGUGAUUGAAGCUGGAAAAAGGGCCCUGGAUGAGUAUGGGGCUGGUCUCAGCUCUGUGCGCUUCAUCUGUGGAACCCAGGACAUCCACAAGAUACUGGAACGCAAGAUCGCAAAAUUUCACGGCCGAGAGGACGCCAUCCUGUACGCAAGCUGCUUUGACGCCAACGCCGGAAUCUUCGAGGUCCUGUUGACUCCCGAAGACGCCGUGCUCUCCGAUGAACUCAACCACGCCUCAAUCAUAGACGGAAUUCGUUUGUGUAAAGCGCAGAAGUACCGUUACAAGCACAGAGACAUGGCAGAUCUUGAAGCGAAGUUGAAAGAAUCUCAGACAACUGCGAGGCAGAGACUGAUUGUCACCGACGGGGUCUUCAGCAUGGAUGGUAACGUAGCGCCAUUGGGAGACAUAUGUGACCUGGCAGAAAAAUAUGACGCUAUGGUGUUUGUCGAUGAGUGUCACGCAACCGGUUUCUUUGGAAAGACCGGAAGGGGCACAGAAGAGUACUUUGGCAUAGCAGGAAGGGUAGACAUCAUCAACUCUACGUUGGGAAAGGCGCUUGGCGGAGCAGCAGGGGGGUACACGACGGGCAAGCGAGAGCUCGUUGACCUCCUGCGGCAGAGGUCGCGUCCCUAUCUGUUCUCAAACUCUCUUCCGCCGCCCGUGGUCGAGUGUGCUUCUAAGGUGUUUGACAUGUUACUGAGCAGUUCAGAGCUCACAGAGAAAGUGGCACAGAACACAGAACGUUUCCGUUCCAAGAUGAAGGCUGCCGGCUUUACGAUAUCCGGGGACCAACACCCAAUCAGCCCAGUGAUGCUCGGAGAUGCGAAACUGGCAGGCGUAUUUGCUGACGAGAUGCUCGACAAAGGAAUCUAUGUCAUCGGCUUCAGCUACCCUGUUGUCCCAAAAGGCAAGGCAAGGAUCAGGGUUCAGAUCUCAGCUGCACACUCAACGGAGGAUAUCGACAGGACCGUAGAUGCCUUCGUAAGCGUGGGCAAGAAGCUGAAGGUCGUCUCGUGAUGGACGCUGCAAGCUUCCGUCGGACGAUAUUGUUCCUGAAACACAUUCCACCUUGGUUGUCAGCAGUAAACAUCUUUGUUAUUUACA